AAGCACCGCAGAAGAACUACGCGAGCCCAAUUUAAAGUGUUGGAAAAGACUUUCCAAGAGAAUCCCAAGCCAAGUGCAACUAUCCGUCGAAUGUUAGCACAGAGGCUGAAUAUGACUCCACGUGGGGUACAGGUUUGGUUCCAAAAUCGCAGAGCCAAAGCCAAGUUGCAGUCACAACAAGACAAGCAAAGAGGGGUGGAAACAAACGCU